AUGGACUGCACCCCCGACAAGCUAAGCUCGAACGCGCUUCUUCCGGCGGUCGUGGACACGGGUCUCCGUCCGGGCUCCCAGCACCAGGUCGAGAUGGAGGGCAAGACGUCGCUGCUGGGCUACUCCCCCUUCGCCAGUCCCAUGGUCGACGAGAAGAACGCCUUCGCCAGGACUAACUUGGGAAUCUUCCCAUACCGUGAUGGAUGCAAGAAGGGAAAGAUGACCUUCCAGGGAAAUGUUUAUAACUUCUUGGAGCGCCCCACCGGAUGGAAAUGCUUCCUGUAUCAUUUCUCAGUGUUUUUAGUCGUCCUCAUCUGCUUAAUCUUCAGCGUUCUCUCAACCAUAGAUCAAUAUAGUGAUUUCGCCAUAUCAUCAUUAUACUACAUGGAAAUCUUCUUGGUAGUAUUUUUCGGCAUUGAGUACUGCGUUCGGCUAUGGGCGGCCGGUUGUCGGAGCAAAUAUCUCGGCUUCUGGGGACGCCUUCGGUUUGCACGAAAACCCAUCUCCGUCAUCGAUCUCAUCGUGGUUGUGGCGUCCGUAGUUGUUCUGGUGGCCGGCUCAAACGGACAAGUCUUCGCGACGUCGGCAAUCAGGGGUAUAAGAUUUUUGCAGAUCCUGCGGAUGCUACACGUGGACAGGCAGGGGGGAACGUGGAGGUUGCUGGGAUCCGUCGUUUUUGUACAUAGGCAGGAGCUCAUCACAACACUGUACAUAGGCUUUUUGGGUCUCAUUUUUUCCUCGUACUUUAUGUACUUGGCGGAAAAAGACGCCAUGGGAAUCGAAGGGAAGUCCGACUUCACCAGCUACGCCGAUGCCCUCUGGUGGGGAGUGAUUACAGUGACGACAAUAGGGUACGGUGACACAGUUCCGAGGACCUGGAUGGGAAAGAUCGUGGCCUCCUGUUUUUCCGUCUUCGCCAUCUCGUUCUUCGCUCUACCCGCGGGUAUUCUCGGUUCCGGUUUCGCAUUGAAGGUGCAGCAAAAGCAGAGGCAGAAGCACUUCAACCGGCAGAUCCCGGCUGCCGCUACUCUCAUUCAGUGUCUCUGGAGGUGCUACGCUGCGGAGAAGACGUCUCAUUGCGAGGCGACGUGGAGGAUCCACAUCAAGGAGUCGAGCCACGGUGGUUUUAACUCGGGAACGCCUCUAAGUCGGGUAGCGAAAAGAGCGAGCGUGCUGCGAAGACGCAAGUCCAAGCAAAAGAUCGACGUGCCCAACUGCACGGCCACGAUGACGGCCAACGAAACGGAAGGGGACUCCCAGGCUGAAGACAGCGGGAAGCUGGGCCUAAAAACAGAUAGUGAAGCAAAAAUCGCGAACUUCAUGUGUCCAGCCCUGCGUUUCCUUUCGAACUCGAACUGCAACGAUCCAAAAGACGACUACGUCGAGAUAGACGUUGACGAGUCGCCUCAAGUAACCAGUUUGACUGAGGCCCACAAAAAUGCAAUACGUGGGAUACGAAAAAUCAAAUAUUUCGUGGCCCGGCGGAAGUUUCAGCAAGCUCGAAAGCCUUACGACGUCCGUGACGUCAUCGAGCAGUAUUCUCAGGGCCAUGUCAACAUGAUGGUGCGCAUCAAGGAGCUCCAAAGAAGGCUGGACCAGACCCUUGGCAAGCCGGGAUCCUACCUGAACGAAAAGGGCGUUAAGCCAAUGACCGUCGGCGCGAGACUACACAGGAUGGAGGUCCAGCUACUUACCCUGGAUCGCAAAGUGGACAGGGUGCUCGCAAUGCUUGAACUCAUCACAAGCGACCACAAAGGAGAACACGGACCAGAGUACAAUAUUUGA